AUGGCAUCUGUGGCAUAUCGAGAGCCCCUGUCUGCCACAGUGGGAAAACGCAUGAUUUUUACAGGCCCCGAUUACAGAAAGGAUCACCUACCUCAAGUUCAACAGCAUACCUCGUACAUAGGAGAGAAGCGUUUGACUCUGGAGAGAACUGGAGAUCUCAGCUAUUUAUGGAGGCCUGCCUCACACAUAAGCUUACCAGCAAAAUAUAAACAUGAAUAUGUUGGUGAAAUUGGCUGGGGAAUACCGGAGUAUGACUUUAUCAACAAAACAAGGCUGAAGAGUGGCUUUCACAUCAAGCAUAAAGAACUAAGGCGAGCUGCUAUUGAUGAAAUAGGCCACAGAUACCAAAACCCAUGGCAACCAAAACCUUAUGUUAUGGAUAUGCUAGGAAGAUUCAGCCGCGGUCGAAUUGCCUGGAAUAUAGGCGAUUAUGAGAACACCAAUCUAAGAAAUUCCAGAGCGGCCUCCCUCGUUAGACAGAGUAAGGCAGCCCUGCCAAGAGCUUCCAGGCUGCCUAAGCCACCAAAGCCAGCAAAACAAGAGAAAAGGAGAUUUCCACCUCGAAAUCGGAAUGAUGUAACUUGCUACUAAAAAGAAAAUCUGCCUUCAAACGUAGAAGAGAAGUUAGGUCGCGGGAACCCAUAGGUUCUUCUCAUUUUACUCGAGAGAGAUGUCGUGCAGGAGUAAGCUUCAGUUUAAAGCCCAAGUAAAGGUUUCAGUGAAAAGGUGUCGUCAGUCUUUACAACCAUUAAUAUUUAUU